AUGUUAUCCAAACUUGCUAGAAUUCCAAGCCUUGGAGUGACACGUGUACGGUUUCUGAGCUCUCAAGCUCUGGACAAAAGUGGCAAAUCCUUUCGUCCGGUGGUUGGCAUUAAAAGAGAAACAGUGAAUUUGUGGGAACAGAGAUCACCUCUGAUUCCAUCUCAUGUGAAGAAACUGGUACAUCAAGGCAUUCCGGUCCUGGUACAACCGUCCAACCGCCGAUGUUUCGCCGCUACCGAAUUCGAGGAGGCUGGAGCAGUGAUGAGUGAAGACCUGAGCGCUGCCACUCUGAUCCUGGGUGUUAAACGACCCAGUCAAUUGCGCCCGGAUGAUCUACUGCCUGAAAAGACCUACUGUUUUUUUACACAUACGAUUAAAGCGCAAUCAGACAAUAUGCCUUUGCUUGAUGAGUUGCUAUCUCGGAAAAUUCGUAUGAUUGACUACGAAUGCAUGGUCAACGCGAAGAACAAGCGUCUGGUUGCUUUUGGCAAAUACGCGGGAAUGGCUGGAACUAUUGACAUUUUACACGGUUUGGGUAUACGCCUGCUCGCCAUGGGUCAUCGUACUCCAUUUUUGCGCAUCGGUAUGGCUCACAGCUUCCAGGACUCUCAACAAGCGCAACAAGCCAUUCGCUUAGCCGGCUAUGAGAUUGCUCUUGGUCGAAUGCCAGACUCUCUCGGUCCGCUCACUUUUGUAAUCAACGGUGAUGGAAAUGUAUCUCAGGGUGCGCAAAUCAUGCUGGACUGUCUACCGGUGGAAUAUGUAGAAGCUUCACAACUGAAGGAGGUGGCCGAACAUGGAAAGAGAAAUCGCAUUUAUGUGUCCGUAGUCACGGUCGCCGAAUACAUGGUACACAAGCAAAGGAAAGAUUUCAAUGCGGUUGAAUAUUUUGCCGAUCCAUCGCUUUAUGAAUCGAAUUUCAGGGACACGAUUGCACCGUAUACCUCUGUACUGAUAAAUGGGACCUACUGGGACGCCAGAGUUCCACAGAUUCUAACCUGCAAAAAUGUUAAAUCUCUGUUGGACGUUAGACCUAACAUUCCAGGAAGUCCAAACAACGAAGGCUGUCCGACCCUGCCGCACAGGUUAUUAGCUAUUUGUGAUAUCUCGGCCGACCCCGGUGGAUCUGUGGAAUUUACGGAAGAAUGUACCACAAUUGAUGAGCCAUUCAAUUUGUACAAUCCCCGUACUGGAAAAACCGAAUAUCAAAUUCACGGAGACGGGAUUUUGAUGUGCUCCAUUGACAAUAUGCCUGCGCAACUUCCCUAUGAGGCCAGUGAAUAUUUUGGCGAUACACUGCUCCCAUAUCUUCCAGAUAUGAUCAAAUCAAAUGCUUUAGAACCGUUCGAGAAUUACGAUGCCUCACCUGAAGUGAAAAAUGUGAUUUCUAAUGUUGAAAGCGAACUGACCGCGUUGAGGGAACACUUUCCACGCAUUCAACCGCGACAUCUAAACAUAUUCGAGGAUGAACGUCAUUUUGAGGAGUUGGUCCGCCAGAACGACCUAAUCGUGAGCCUCAUCCCGUGGAAAUAUCAUCCGCUUGUUGUAAAACAGUGCAUUAAACAGGCGAAGAACUUGCUCACUGCUAGUUAUUGUACUCCGGUGCUGAAAGAAAUGGAAGAUGAAAUCAACAAGGCAGGUAUAACUGCAUUCAUGGAAAUCGGGUUGGAUCCGGGGAUAGAUCAUUUGCUUACAAAGGAAUGCGUAGACUAUGUCAAAGAACACAACGGCCGUGUUAUUUCUUAUCGAUCAUUCACGGGUGGAUUACCGGCUCCGGAAAACUCAAACAAUCCUUUACGAUACAAAUUCAGUUGGAGCCCGGAAGCAGCAAUGUCAACUGUGAUGAACGGUGCAAAGUAUCUGGAAGAUGGUCAGAUCAAAGAAAUCCCGGCAGAUGGUAGUCUGAUGAAAAUGGCUAGACCGAUGAAUGUAUUCCCUGGAUUCAAUUUGGAAGGCUAUCCGAACAGAGAUUCUACACGAUACAUCCAGUUGUACGGUCUAGAAGGCUGUCAAACUGUUCUCCGGGGCACAAUGCGCUACGGCGGGUACACUGAAGCUGUUUCUGUCCUACUGAAUUUGGGUCUGCUGGAUUCCGAUUCCAAACCAUAUUUGCAACCGGGUGCUAAAACUGUAACAUGGCUCGGUGUUCCGGCCAAAUUACACGGGAAGGAGUUGGAAGAUGCUCUUCUGAAAAAGCUUUCCGGUGAUCGAAAAAAAUACGAAUGUUUACUGGGCCUUGGACUUCUAUCCGAGGAUCCCGUUGCACUGACCAACACACCACUGUCAAGCACAUCUGCCCAACUUUCCAAGCUUUUGAAUUACGGGCCCAACGAAAGGGAUUUGAUCGUAAUGGCCCAUGAAUUGAUUAUUGAUUGGCCUGAUAAAAAACUUCGUGAGAAACGCGACGUAAGCUUGGUUGCCUACGGUGAAGCGGGUCAAGGCAAAUCUGGGCUGGCCAUGUCACGAACAGUAGGCAUUCCUGCCGCAAUCGCUGCGAAGAUGAUCUUGGACGGUGAAAUAACUGACAAAGGAAUCGUACUCCCCUUGCAGCGAUACAUUUACAAACCGAUUUUGGAACGUCUCAAAACAGAAGGUAUCGAAGCACAGGAGAUGUCUACUUUUGUUGAACUACCCUGA